CUUCGUCCUGCUCUUCAUCUUCGUCAAGAGGCAGAUCAUGCGCUUCGCCAUGAAGUCUCGCCGGGGCCCCCACGUGCCGGUGGGUCAACACGCCCCCAAGGUUGGUGGACCAGCUGUUGUCUUUUCCCAUCCGGAUUUUGGGGGGGGGGGGACUUUGGUAAUUCACCUAGCGCACGCACACCCCUUGAUUUCCAUCAAAGCCCGGGGCGAGAGCAGCCAGCGCCAGCACCAGUCGGCAGCCAAGGACCUCACUCUCUCUUCCGACUCCUCCAGCCCAACCAUUCAGGUCACCUACCUCCCUUCCAGCCAGAAGAGCAAGCGAGCCAAGCACUUCCUGGAACUCAAGAGUUUCAAAGACAACUACAACACUCUGGAAAGCACCCUGUGACAUUCCUGUGUCCCCCCCCCCACCCACCCCCUUUUGCUCAGGGUGGGCACAACUAUUCCCUCCCCACUUUCUCUCCCCAAAUCUGGACCAAAAGAUCUGGGCUUGCCUCGAAUCCCCUUCGGUGGCUUCUGUGUUUCGAAGCCUUGCUGUGAAAAUAUCGUGGGGUGGAAGUAAGGUUGGAGAAAGACCUCCCUCCCUCCCUCCCUUCCUUCCUUCCUUCCUUCCUUCCUUCCUUUCCUUCCUUCCUUUCCUUCCUU